AUGAAAGAACUGCAUAAUGACAGGGCUCCUACUGCUGAUGUUAAUGUUAAUUUAGAACUAGAGCCAGAUAUUUUGGAGAGCGAAAUCCAGUGGGCCCUUGAAAAUAUGGCUGAUAACAAAACUAGUGGACAUGAUGAAAUACCAGCAGAAUUGUUUAAAGUCACCAGAAAGGAUGCAGUGAAAGUGCUGCACUCAAUUUAUCACCUCAUUCAUCUGAUACGGAGUUUAUACCUUGACCAAGAAGCCAUGGUGAGAACUAUGUAUGGAACAACGAAAUGGAUAAAGAUUCAGAAAGGGGUCCGGCAAGGCUGCAUACUGUCACCGUACUUAUUAAAUCUGUAUGCAGAACAUGUUAUGAGGAAUGCGAGACAAGGCAUAUUUAAUUUGGAUGUUUGGACAGUGUGGUUAAUAAACAAUAUGUAUGCUUUCGGGCUACUGAAAAUCUGCAAGUGCUUUGUGAAUGACAUCAUGCUCCGAGGAUUACAGUCUAUUGUGUGUGGACAUUUUCUCGCUGCUCCAUGCCAACCAACCAUCUGCCCAUGCCUGGAAACAGUGAAAGGACCAAAUAUACGUUGGCCGGUGAGACGACCAACCAAUGGUGAUCCCACUCCAGACUCCCUCCAUCAGACAGUUCAUGUGUGUCGCCAGUGGUCAAAAGUGAAAGCGAGACACCCACUUGAAACCAACCAGACAGAGGAAACACAUGCCGACAGGCAACCCAACACCCGUGCACAGACAAAGGAAGGUGAAUGCCAGUGUGCUGUGGAAGGUUUGCCAGAAGUCCCAUCAGUGCCACAGCCAACAGCUGCUGCAGAAGCAGCAAAAGAACCUGAAGCUCCAGCAGCUGAAGAGCCGCCAGCAGCAGAGGAGGCUGUAGCUGUACAAGAGCUUCAACCAGCAGAGGGGCCUGAAGCAGCAGAGGAGCCUCAAGUGGUAGAAGCAGCUGAGCCUGUCGUAACUGAAGCAGCUGAGCCUGAAGUAACUGAGGCAGCUGAGCCUGAAGUAACUGAGGCAGCUGAACCUGAAGCAACAGAGGCAGCUGAGCCUGAAGUAACUGAAGCAGCUGAGCCUGAAGUAACUGAAGCAGCAGAGCCUGUAGUAACUGAGGCAGCAGAAGGGGCUGCUGAAGAGGCUGCUGAAGCACCAGCAGAAGCAGCUCAAGUAUCUGAAGAAGCACCAGCGCCACCGGAAGGAGAAGCACCAGGUGUCUGCAUAUGUCCAGAAGAAGUACCAGAACCAAAAGAGGAACCAGUUUGUAGGUGUGCUUCUGCAGUAGGAGUAGCUGCACCAUCACCACCACCACCAGGUGAAGCUGCACCACCUCCAGCAGGCGAAGCUGCACCUCCAGCAGCCGAAGCUGCACCACCAAAAGCUGAACCGACAGCAAAAGUUGACACAGUGGAUUAUGGUCCACGAGUUGAUCAUAUAACAGAUUGUGAUACAGAAUUUGAUGAAUUCCAAGAUGUUCCUGAAGCUGUAAAGAAAGCUAUAGCAGAAGAAGAAGCAGCAUUGUACGCUAAGGCAUUCCCGGCAGUUAUGCCAGUGAUCACCCGUCCUCCUCCAGCUGCUCCUACAGAGGCUCCAGCAGAAGCCCCUGCAGCUGAAGCACCGGCAGCAGCAGCAGAACCAGCUGCAGCUGCUGAGCCUGGUGCAGCUGAGGCAGCUGCACCUGAAGCACCAACAGCACCACCUGAAGAAGGUGCACCUGAAGCAGCUGCACCUGAAGCAGGUGCACCUGAAGCAGCUGCACCUGAAGCAGCUGCACCUGAAGCAGCUGCAGUGGCAGCAGCACCAGCUGCAGCUGCUGGUGAUCAGUCUGCACUGGAUCAGUUAAUCGAAAUGACUAAAGCUCUUCAAGCAGCAUUUGAGCACAUAAGGUGUGGUCAGCACUUCACACAUAUUAUAUUCCCAGAAGUUGCACAUUUGAUAGUUGGAUCAGCUGUCUCUAUGAUUCCUCUUGGAAAAUUCACUUAUGGAGACUUCCUACAGAACGAGAUAUUGUUGUCUUUGGAAGCAUUUGCAUUAACCACAACAGUAAACAUGUUUUAUAAGCAUGAUGGAGUUUUUAUACAACCUUCUUGUUCACUUGUGUCAACUAAAUGUAAUGUCCCAGACCAAUUGGAGAAUUUGCAUGAAUUUCUGAAAAUUAUUGUUCAUUUUUCUACUGGAUUGAUUGUUAUCCUAUUCUGA